AUAUGUGUUUAUAUAAAACUUACAAGCAAUCGAAAAGUGCGUAGAGAUGGCUUAUUGUUUCAGUUUGAUAAAAAAAAUAUAGCUCGUUUUACAAUUAUGUAAAAGGUGUAAAGACGGAUGAAAUAUUAUUACAGUUUGAAAAAGCGCUAUAACUGGGAUUUGAUCGAUACAGAUGAAUGUACGUUACAAUGCAAUGUUUUUUUCCCAAACAAUAUAAUAUAUAUGAUAACAAACUGUCAUUCGUUUAAAAUAUUUAAAAGCUCUACAGACCGAUAAUAUGUUAACAGAUUAUCUACAGUUUGAAAGAGCGCUAUACAUAGUAGCCUCUUUUCCGGUAUAUUCGGCCACAAAUUGACAAAAGCUUGCCACACAUGUGAGACAUUUUAUUACACAUCGUAUGUCCUUACAGCAAUAUAAAGGAAAGAUAAUUUGCCUAUCGGGUAUUUCCUUAGUAACAGGCCAAAUCUAGGAAGGCACCUUAGCAACACUGAUUUAUUCAUAUAUUUCCUACCAAUCAUCAGUUAUCAUUUUUAUAGGAAACCGUGAAACGUUUGAAGUAAUUUUGAUAUAAAUCAUUUAAUUAAUAGUCUGAUGAACAAAUAAACGCCAGCAUACUGUUUAAAACUGAAAUAUAAUACUUGCCAUUAACAAAUUUUGCGAAUUGUUAACCUUGAUGUGUUUUUCAAAAUAAAAUCUACGAUUCGAUGUUUUGAACAAAAAAACAUCUAUGUGACACAAUUUUCUAAACAAAGAUUAAUGACGCACGUUUUAAAAAAAUGUCAUAGUGCCCAAAAUAUGUGGGUUGCCGAACAUAUAAGAAUUGUUGAAGACACAAGUACAUUAAAAUUUAAUUUUAUGUUCGUAAAUAAUAUAUAUAGUAACACGAAUUUAGGCCGCGCAACGCAUGUGCACUAAAAGUAAAACCCAACCGAAUCGAUAAUUGAUUAUUGCUUUGCACUAUGGUUACAAUGUAAAUUCAUGACGUUUGAAUUAUGUCAAUGGAAAUACCCGCAACAAUCUUUAAUACAUUACUUUCGAUUUCGCUGUAGUAUACAUAGAUUGUCAAGUUACACUGAAGUCAAUGAAAGGCUGGACAAAAUGGAGAAGGAACCGGAUACGAUCAACAGGACGGUCAAUUGUCUACCGUCUAUGCCGGCAUUGCCUCAUGAAACAGGCACACAGAACAAGGUACGUGCUCCCAAUUCGAAACUCAAUCUUGGUGCUGGGAGGUUUUGUAUCAAUGUGGAUCGACCGAGGUGUUCAAACAGCAGACGGGAUCAACAUCUCUUGACAAAUUUGCCGAUUUCAGAGUACUUCCCUGCACUAUCUUUCCGGAUAUCAGAUGUACUGGAUGAUAUCGGGGCCGGAAAACGCACUGUAAUGGAGCGGAGAAAAUCAUAUUUGCGGAGAGAACGCAUGAUGACGAUAGCUGGACAAUGUUUGGAACUACGUGCGGAAUAUUUUCAUUUUGGUAGCCAAUCUGAAGGCACCACAACUCCCGGUCUCAAUUCUGAUAUUGAUUUGCUAUUAAGUCACAAAGAUACGAACAUCAUGACAGACUGGAGAGACUGGAAGAUUGGGAUGUGUAAUUAUCUGAUGCUUCGUGACGACAUCACUCCACCUCAACAGUACUUGCUUCAGGGCAUACACAAAUACACACCUGAAGCGGUAACCAUUAUUGACGAUGACAGAUGUGUAAGGAAAGAUUCCGGGCAAGUACUGUUCAGCUCAGAAAGAUGGAAACAGGAACAAGAGCAGGUAGCAUCACAUUUCGGAGAGGUAACCAAAAAUGGACCUUCUGUGAGUAAUGAUCCCAACUGGGAUUUGGUAUCGGCAUUUCACGUCUGCAAACCUCUUCCAGAAAUACAGCACUGGAUGGACAGAUGUAGAGGAAGACACUGGCCGCCUGCCCAAUUACUGAAGGCUGCACGUAAAGCCCCUUGUUUCUUGGUACCUGCAGGACAUCCAGAUAGUGAUUACAAGCGCGAAGAAUGGCGACUGUCUCCAAAUCUUAUUGAACGAAUGCUAAUGUUUAGUUUUAAUAUGACACAAAUAAAAUGUUACACAGUUCUAAAAUUAAUUAAAAAAUCCUUAUUUAGUAAAAUUGUUGGGGAUUGUACCACAAGUUUUCAUUGCAAAACGUUAAUGUUCAUUACCAUAGAGAGAACACACCCUUCUCUGUGGAAGGAACAUAACAUCAUGUAUCUCCUUUUACUAUGCUUACAAGAAUUAAGGAAAUGGCUGCGAUUGGGGUGCCUUCCUCAUUAUAUCAUAGCUGGAGUGAAUUUAUUCGAUGGAAAACUGUCAAUUGUGAAACAGAAACUUCUUUUACAAUACGUUAACUACUUAAUAAAGAAUGGCUUGCAAGAUUUAUUUCAUAUUGAUAUAGACAACUUAGGAUGUCGAUUGCAAGCGUGUUUUAUACGGAGGAUCAGACAAGGUGGAGAGGGAGAACUGGGAGGUGUAGUCUUACGUAACAGUAUCAGUUUAUUGCUAAUGUUCGGGAACUUGAAAACAUUACUUUAUAAUUUGACAGAGAUAAUAUAUAAAAUACAGAGUUCGAAUUCGACAGUCCAACAAGGUAUAUACAAUACAUUACGCACUGCUGUUCAAGGCUUCACGAAUGAACAUUUGAAAAACGUUGCGUUCGACCUUAUUAAUCACCUGUAUGCCGUAUAUAAUUCAGUGCAAUCAUCUAACUGUUUGCGACUUCCAAACCCUAAUUUCAUCGAAAUUAUAAGGCGUUUUGAAUUUUGUUUAAACACAGAUAUUGCCUAUAAUCAUUUAAAGUUGGCUUCUUUGCUAUACUGCUUUGGACAUUUUCACGCGGCAGCUAGAGCGUUAGAGGACGUGGAGAAGAGGUAUCACUGCAAGGUCAAUGCUCUAUGUGGAAUGUUACAAGUGGAAGGAGAAACAGAUCUCCAGGUUUUCGCUAGCAUGAUCUCAGAUAAUUGUGACAACGUACGCAGAGAACCGCCAUUCUCAUUCUGUGUCAGGUUUAUUAGACAUGAAGCGCACUGCGCCCCAUACGUAUUGUGGUUUGAAAUGAACCGCGCUAUGACUGAAGAGGAGGUUGCACAGAGAGAUCAACAUUCCAAACAUUGGAUGGAUUACGCUGAGGUAGAUGCUUGUCCUUUUCUUCACUAUUUACAGUAUCUUACGUAUGGAGGACAAGGUGAACGCACCAAACAGCUAUAUGCGCUUGAAGUACUCAAGUCGUAUAUACUUGAUCCAAGAAAUGACAUCAACAUUCAUCAUCCUGAGACAGCGCUCAAUUUGCUUGGUCACUGCUAUGAAAUGGAAGGCGACUGUUCAAGGGCGUGUUAUUACUACGAGGAAUCGUUGCGUUUUGACGGUACAAAAAAUGCUGCUAACUGGCACGUUCAGCGUGUGCAGCGACUAAUAAGUAAUUUAUAUUGAAUAUUAAAACAUUUUAAUGUUUACAAUCAUAUAAAUGUAUUUGAGUAGACAAUGUGAUAUCAGUUAGUUCCAAGUUAAUGAUUAUUGUUAACUAUAAAAAAUCGUAAAAUUUAUACUAUUGUGUUUGUUUAAGAAUUGUAAUUUGACAUUUAGCGAUGUUGAUAUUGAUACAGUUAGUGUAGAUUUAUUUUAUUUAGCGAGUUGAAGAAAACAUGAACCCCGAUUUUACGCGUUUUCGUUUAGAGAAAUAAAUACGUUAACUACUUAAUAAAGAAUGGCUUGCAAGAUUUAUUUCAUAUUGAUAUAGACAACUUAGGAUGUCGAUUGCAAGCGUGUUUUAUACGGAGGAUCAGACAAGGUGGAGAGGGAGAACUGGGAGGUGUAGUCUUACGUAACAGUAUCAGUUUAUUGCUAAUGUUCGGGAACUUGAAAACAUUACUUUAUAAUUUGACAGAGAUAAUAUAUAAAAUACAGAGUUCGAAUUCGACAUUCCAACAAGGUAUAUACAAUACAUUACGCACUGUUGUUCAAGGCUUCACGAAUGAACAUUUGAAAAACGUUGCGUUCGACCUUAUUAAUCACCUGUAUGCCGUAUAUAAUUCAGUGCAAUCAUCUAACUGUUUGCGACUUCCAAACCCUAAUUUCAUCGAAAUUAUAAGGCGUUUUGAAUUUUGUUUAAACACAGAUAUUGCCUCUAGUCAUUUAAAGUUGGCUUCUUUGCUAUACUGCUUUGGACAUUUUCACGCGGCAGCUAGAGCGUUAGAGGACGUGGAGAAGAGGUAUCACUGCAAGGUCAAGGCUCUAUGUGGAAUGUUACAAGUGGAAGGAGAAACAGAUCUCCAGGUUUUCGCUAGCAUGAUCUCAGAUAAUUGUGACAACGUACGCAGAGAACCGCCAUUCUCAUUCUGUGUCAGGUUUAUUAGACAUGAAGCGCACUGCGCCCCAUACGUAAUGUGGUUUGAAAUGAACCGCGCUAUGACUGAAGAGGAGGUUGCACAGAGAGAUCAACAUUCCAAACAUUGGAUGGAUUACGCUGAGGUAGAUGCUUGUCCUUUUCUUCACUAUUUACAGUAUCUUACGUAUGGAGGACAAGGUGAACGCACCAAACAGCUAUAUGCGCUUGAAGUACUCAAGUCGUAUAUACUUGAUCCAAGAAAUGACAUCAACAUUCAUCAUCCUGAGACAGCGCUCAAUUUGCUUGGUCACUGCUAUGAAAUGGAAGGCGACUGUUCAAGGGCGUGUUAUUACUACGAGGAAUCGUUGCGUUUUGACGGUACAAACAAUGCUGCUAACUGGCACGUUCAGCGUGUGCAGCGACUAAUAAGUAAUUUAUAUUGAAUAUUAAAACAUUUUAAUGUUUACAAUCAUAUAAAUGUAUUUGAGUAGACAAUGUGAUAUCAGUUAGUUCUAAGUUAAUGAUUAUUGUUAACUAUAAAAAAUCGUAAACUUUAUACUAUUGUGUUUGUUUAAGAAUUGUAAUUUGACAUUUAGCGAUGUUGAUAUUGAUACAGUUAGUGUAGAUUUAUUUUAUUUAGCGAGUUGAAGAAAACAUGAACCCCGAUUUUACGCGUUUUCGUUUAGAGAAAUAAAUAGUUUCUUUAUUCAACAAUUACAUUGAACUCUAAUCGCCAAGUUGUUUUCUUAACAUGUUUGAUAUUUUUUUUCAAAGGGAAACAUGUUUGAAUUUGUAACAACCAAUGUAUUGUUGUUGUUGUAUUUCACUUGUUAAUCGCAUAUCUUCAGCAGGAAAGGUGUGUUAAUAAAUGCUCGUAUAUUCGAACCACACUAUAGUGUUGGUAGAUAAGCAAUAUACUUCGGGUUAUCGAAUAAUGUGUCCUCAAAAGGCUUAUUAUUAUAUCAUUUCUUCAUCAUCGAAAGAUAUGGUAUGUUAAAUUGUUAAUAUUUGAUAAACAUGCAGUUUUCUUUCUACACAUUCAUAUUUCACGUUCAGACCAGCGUCAUUCUAAAAUGGGUCUAAUAACGUUUCGGCAAGCGAAGUCGUGUAAGGACCGAAGCAUUCCACUAUAAAAUCACGCAAGGCACCACAGUCUCAUAAGGGAUCUCCUGAACAAAAUGCGCAUGAUGGUCUAUAACAACGCAGCAGUUACGCUUGCAUCAUAUGUCAUAAGAUUCAUUUUCGAAUGACGCUGGUCUUUAAAAAGCUCAAUGCGUCUUGUAAAUCAAACUUCUAAGCACGAUACUGCUCUUAAAUUUUUUUAUGUUACACUGUGUAUUUUGUUUCAAAUAAGCAAAUUGCGCUAGCCUAUUUAGACUUUUAGAAACGAUUUUCAGACGGGCUGAUCGAUUACGGCAAACAUUUGUGGCUAAAUAGUCACAUAACAUAAUUACAUGUAUCCAUAUUCACCGCACAGUCCGAGCAUGACUUCUCACCGUAUGUCUCCGUCGGCGUCUCUUGUGGCUUCUCCGUCGGCUUCUGCGUAAUGUUCUUUAAGGUAAAGAUGCAACGUCUCUGAUCUAGCGGUAUUAUGUUAUAUCAAUUUAUUUGAAAUGUGCUUUGUGAAAUUGCAUAUGCGUGCAUCAACUUAAAUACUAUACUGUUCGUUAUA